AUGAUUAACGUUCUUCUAGCCGGAAUCGAUACUACUGCGAUAACCAUGACUUGGGCAAUGGCAGAGCUCGCGAGGAACCCUCGAGUGAUGAGGAAAGUUCAAUCCGAAAUCAGAAACAAAUCUAGGAACAGAGAAGGACUCAUCACCUUCCAAGAAACAGAACACCUUGACUACCUGAGAAUGGUGAUCAAAGAAACAUGGAGGCUACAUCCUCCAGUACCUCUUCUGCUCCCAAGAGAAGCAAUGUCUGAAUUCGAGAUCAACGGCUACACGAUACAACCCAAGGCAAGGAUUCAUGUCAAUGUCUGGGCUAUCGGACGUGAUCCAGGUACAUGGAAAGACCCUGAGGAGUUUCUUCCUGAGAGGUUUAUUGAUAGUGACAUUGAUCCGAAAGGACAGAGCUUUGAGUUGUUACCGUUUGGGGGUGGUCGGAGAAUUUGUCCAGGAAUGUACAUGGGGACAUCAAUGGUGGAGUUUGGUCUGGCUAAUUUGUUGUAUCAUUUUGACUGGAAGUUACCAGAAGGCAUGGUGGUCGAGGAUAUCGACAUGGAAGAAGCUCCUGGACUCACUGUGAACAAGAAAAAUCAUCUACUACUUGUUCCGACAAAGUAUUUAGAUUAAAAAAAGUUGUUGAUGAGAUUAAAAAAUAAAUUGGAGUAUCGAUUAUACCUAAGCAUAACUAAAUCUCUUGGUUCAUUUUGUACUUUUGUUAGUCAACCAAGUGUUCGACGAAAUGUCUAUCAGAAGCUUUUUAUUUCAACUUGUUCUUGUCAAGUAUUUAGAUCAUUGAUCACUUACAUUAAGUUGCUCAUGAG